GAGAAUGGAAUAAAUCAAUACCCAAUUCAUUAGGUCUCAUUAGAUUAGAAUUUCAUAAAACACAACUAGAUGACAAAUCUUUGAAACUCAUCACGUCUUGAAUUACACCGAUACGCUUGAACCUUGAGAUGAGACUUGUUGCUUUUGUGCGUUCUCUCACAUGCCAGGUAGUAGAACAGACCGAGAAGGCUUCAUUAUGACUCUGCUGAUGCUACUCAUGCUACAAACUAGAGCAUUGUGGAAGAAGGAAUUGUGACUGGCCACACCAGUCGAAAAGGUACUUCAUAUAUCUUUGCUUGUUUGCUUCAAUGGCUACUAUUUUCUUAUUAACAUCUGAAUAAGAGGAGAUCAAGAAGAUCGGCCACAUGUAGUGUACGUUUCUGGUGAUAUGAUCUUUCGUGGCUGCUUCUGUUUUCAUCUGAAGAAAACAGGGGAGUUUUCUGUAAGAAAAGAACAUGGGUAGCUAGUGAAGGUUUUCUCCUCUCUCCUCUCUUAAUGUGAACUUGAUCUGUGUUUAUUCUUUCAAUUUGUUCAAAAAGUGAUGUUGGACCUUACUGGAAUUAGAGCAUCAGAUUCCUCGAUGACAAUGAUAGAGUGCUCUUAGAAAGUCUAUCAGUUACUUUUAAAUAGUUUGCUUUUACACUUUACAUCCAUGCCUCCUUGAAAGUCCAUUGAGAAUAAAGCCAAAUGGAUUGUUUUGUUUAUUGCUUAGAGAGAAGUGAAAGCAGAGCGGAGUGGUAACAUGUGGACUAAUUGCUUUGGCUUACAGAAGAAUGGAAAGCAGUAAAGAGUUAAAAGGUACUACCCUUUACCCACUUAUUUAAUCUCAUACCAUAAAAAAAUUGAGUUUGUGGUUAAUUGCACUGUCAAGUUCUCUCAUUGUAUCUUUAGGAAAACUACCUUUCCUAAGGUCGGUUUAUUACAGGCUUUAGUGGGCCAAUAUGGUGUUUUAGAGAUCAUAUUUUGUUGCACCACUUUAGUUGGAAUUUUUAUUUGAACUUUAUAUGGUUGUUUUCAUUAAUAACCAAGGAUAGGCUUUUGUUUGGAAUCUAAAGGGAGGGCCAAACACAUCUCAUAUGGUACUAACUUAGGAAACAGUCAAGAAAAAGUCAUCUGCCACUUUGUGCACAAAAGAACCCUUUUUGUAAAGUUAAAAGGACAUAAUUGAGAUUUGAAUUAGGGUUAGGAAGAGAAGAGUAGUGUGGCCAAUGUUCUUGAUCUUUCUUUACAGUUUGAAUUGACUGUCCACUGAUAUUUAAUCAAUUUAUCAUUUUAUUGGAAGAUUGUAGCAUAAAUACGAGGGUUUUUCUAAAUUUCUUAGGUAGUAGAAAAAAAAGAUUUUAGAAAUUUAAAUUUCUUUGCUUUGCCUAUUUAUUAUGAGGGUUUUCUCUUACCUAUUUAUUUUUAUUAGUUUAGAACUUCACCAAAACUCAGCCGCUGUUCAGUUACCCACAGAAUUCAUGGAUCUUCAGGAUCAAUUCAUGUAGCCGUUUCAUUGACGAGUCACAGAGGCCAUCUUCUUUGCGGUCGUUGAAAGGGUUUUGUAGAGAGACUGGAAGUCUGAAAUGGAGUUUCAGGAGGGUUUGAUGAAGUUUAUGGUCCAUAGACAUACUCAACCUAUUUGGGCUUUCGAGAAAAAUUCUCCAUCGGUUGCAGUUUCAGAGAUAACCAGUAGUCCUACACGGAAAUGGCGGAUCUUCAGUCGGUCGUCUUCUUCCCCAUUUUCGUCCAAACCCCAAUUGAAGGAAAUACCGAAAGAAUUGCUCUGUCCCAUUUCGGGGUCUUUAAUGGCGGACCCUGUAAUUGUCUCCUCUGGCCACACAUUCGAGGCCGCCUGUGUUCAAGUUUGUAAAGAUUUAGGCUUCAAGCCGACUUUGUUAGAUGGUUCGAAGCCGGAUUUCACCUCUGUAAUCCCGAAUCUGGCUCUGAAAUCUACCAUUUUCAACUGGUGUAAAAACUCCUCCUCUGAACCCCCAAAGCCACUCGAUUUCUCCUCCGCCGAAAAGCUCGUUGGUAAGUUCAUGGCAGACCACAGGAAAAGCGAUGAAGAAUUGAUUCAAGGGGUUGCAGAGAAUCCUGUGGUUCGAUUCAACCACACCGCCACCGAUGUCACUCGUCGGGAAUCUCAUUUCUACUCGAGCUCCGAUCAAUCUGUCGCCGCCGUUCCGAGUCUGCCCCUUCCUCUCGCGACUCGACCGAGUUCUUCCUCUGAAAGUGAGAUCUCUACUCUGAACUCCACUGAAGAAGAAGAGAUCCUCGCGAAGCUCAAAAGCCCUCAGGUUACUGAGAUUGAAGAGGGUGUGGUUACGCUGAGAAAAAUCACGAGAAUUCGAGAGGACACUAGGCUUUAUCUCUGUUCCCCUUUGAUUCUCUCUGCUCUUCGGUCUCUUAUCGUCUCAAGGUACAGCAGCAUUCAGGUGAAUUCAGUUGCAGCACUUGUGAAUCUGUCCUUAGAGAAUAUGAACAAGGUCAAGAUCGUACGGUCGGGAUUUCUCCCCAAUUUGAUCGAUAUUCUUAAAACGGGUUCCCCGGAGGUUCAAGAACAUGCCGCCGGUGCCAUUUUCAGCUUAGCUCUCGACGACGACAACAAGACGGCGAUCGGCGUAUUGGGUGCUCUGCCGUCAUUGAUACGGCUGUUGGUAUCCCACUCGGAGCAGACCCGACACGACUCGGCUCUUGCUCUGUACCACUUAUCGCAAGUUCAGAGCAACCGUUCGAAGCUAGUGAAACUUGGGUCGGUGCCGGUUUUUCUCGGGAUGGUGAAAUCCGGCCUCAUGGUCGGCCGGAUUUUUCUGAUAUUGUGUAAUUUAGCAGCGUGUUUCGAGGGUCGUGCGGCGUUGUUGAACUCCGGCGCGGUGGAAUGUUUAGUGGGUAUGUUAAGAGAGAACGAGUUGGACUCCGAGUCGACACGGGAGAGUUGCGUGGCGGUUCUGUUAGAACUGAGUUACAGUAAUUUGCGGUUCAAAGGUCUGGCCAAAACCGCCGGAGCAAUGGAGGUUUUCAUGGCGGUGGAGGAAAACGGAAGUGAAAGAUUACAAGAGAAGGUGAAGAGGAUCAUGGAGUCCAUGAAAAUCAGAGAGGAAGAAGCUGAGAAUGUGAAUUGGGAGGAACUGCUAGACUCCGGUUCUUCCAGCAGCAGCCAAACUCGGUGUCGACUGGUCGACGGAAUGGAUAGGUCCUCCGCCAACUCGUCGGAGUUCUGAAUUUGUACAGUUUGGAUUUAAAAAAAAAAAAUCAUUUUGGGUUGUGAAUAUUAGUGAAAAUAAACCUUUUUCUUCUUGUUCUUCUUCACUUGGUCCCUUUUUUGUUUCUUCCCAGUGAAGAUGCCAAGUGAAAGAAUUCUGGUUCAUUACAAUCUGAAGAACUCCAUUUCUUAAAAUUAUGAUCUGUGGGUUUGUUUA